UGAGUGUAUUGGUUUCUAAUUAAUUCGACCCCCUUCCUAAUUUUCUUUUAGAUUGCCAAUUCAUUCUCACCGUUUCUUUCUAAUUCAAUUUCUUUCACUGCAUCACUCAAUACCAUAUAAACUCAUCCCACUUUGAGUCAUCGGCUCAUACUACCGCGUUUUGAACCACCUAGCAUUUCAAUCUGCAAUCGCGUGUCAGGAUUUCCCUUAAAUCUUCAAUCGUCAACAUUCUUAGUUAACAAAUGAUCAGUUCUAGAUAUAGAAGAGAACAAAUUCGGUAAAGUGGUGCAAGGAUAACUGAAUUAAAGCAUGGGAUUCAAGAUCUUUAACUUUUUAAAGCUCUCUAUGAAAAUGCUGAUGGUGAUAUUAUUGCUGAUAUUUCUGACAAAUAACAGCCACUCUGUAGCUCACUCUUUUCCUUCAUCCGAGACUACGAUGCACACUAAUAAUUGGGCUGUUUUAGUCUGCACCUCUCGGUUUUGGUUUAAUUAUCGACAUAUGGCCAAUACUUUAUCAUUGUAUAGGACUGUUAAGCGGCUAGGAAUACCUGAUGAGAGGAUUAUACUCAUGCUAGCAGAUGACAUGGCAUGCAAUGCGAGAAACAAGUACCCUGCCCAAGUUGUUAAUAAUGAAAACCAUAAACUUAACCUGUAUGGGGAUAAUGUGGAGGUAGAUUAUCGUGGCUAUGAAGUAAAUGUGGAAAACUUUAUGCGGGUGCUAACUGGUCGUCAUGAGACCGCUGUUCCGAGGUCCAAACGACUGCUUAGUGAUGAAGGAAGUCAUAUUCUUUUGUACAUGACAGGGCAUGGAGGUGAUGAGUUUUUGAAGUUUCAGGACUCAGAAGAGCUUCAAAGCCACGAUUUAGCUGAUGUUGUGAAGCAAAUGAAAGAGAAACUCAGGUUUAAGGAGCUGCUGAUAAUGGUGGACACCUGCCAAGCCUCUACCCUGUUUUCACAGCUUCAUUCACCAGGCGUUUUGGCAAUUGGAAGUAGUAUGAAAGGACAAAACUCAUAUUCACAUCACUUGGACUCAGAUGUGGGUGUUUCAGUUGUUGACCGUUUUACAUUCUACACUCUUGCGUUCUUUGAGAGGCUGAAUAUAUAUGACAAUGCUUCAUUGAGCAGUCUUUUCAACUCAUAUAACCCAAAUUUGUUGAUGUCAACUGCAUAUUAUCGAAUGGACCUGUAUCAACGACAGUUAGAGAAGGUACCUGUGACAAACUUUUUUGGCUCUGUAAUGAAAACAAUACACACUAACUCAGCCUACAGGUCUCGGUCGAAUAAAAAUUUUGGUGGAGCUAAAAUUAAAAUGUCUUUGGAUCAAUCCACCUCAGACAGUGGCAGAAGAAUUUUGAGAAACUCCGAUGAUGAGGGCCAAUUUAAUAAAUUAAGCACAGAGGAACGUUUCGACGGUGUUGGACAGCUGUGGAAUACUAUUCUCAACAAAGUGAAUACUUUUGAAAGCAUUGACGAUGUUGUUUGCUAUGGCCUUGUUUCAAUGCUUCCUCUGUUAGUAGUUUCAACGUGGCUAUCUUCAUAGAUGACUACAGCAAUACUCUUGUAGAUCUUCAUUCUGUUAGCCCUUGCUUUUCCCAUGGCGGUGGAGCAGAGUUCCGCAGUUAUAGUAACACAGAUCCUUGAUGGUUAUUUUGAUUUUUAUUGUUGUAUAAACUUUAGUAGGUAACUCAAUAUCAGUAGCUAGAUGGUGUGUAUGCUAUUCAAAGUAAAUUUUAUUUGUAAUGUAUGCAGGACUCAUCGUCUUUUCUAGGAGUUGUAUGGAUUAAAAUUUAUGAAAAAUUGCUAGCUGGUAUUUAACACA